UCAUGGAGCUUCUUCACUGCCCAAUCCUAUCCAACGUGGAAUGCCUCGCCUCCUCAACCAGAGUUGAUGUAUCCAACAGCAGGCCUCACCGUUAGGGCUCUUGCAGUCGUUCGCAGCACAUCCUCAAGAGCUUUCCCCAUUUGGAGAUGAGCCAUCGCCAACGUCACUCCUUCUAUCCACGCCCGGUACUGUUAACCUGGGGUAUACUGGCAAGUCCUCCAUCAUGGCAGACAGGAAAGAAGAAAUAUCCCUGCAGGCAUUUCUCUCGGACGGGUGGUUGGUGCCCAGUCGGAAACCGUUGCAAGUUCAUCCAUGAUUAUUCUCUGGUAAAGUCUGGGAACGAUAGAAGCAGCGUUAUGCCCCAUAAUCCUGACGCAUACUACGAAGAUGGCCGAACCAUCAGUGGCGGCGUUCGCAUGGCUAUACCGCCUGCUCUCCAUCACUAUAGCCAAAUGAGCCGAGACAAUCAAGAGCCCUGGUACACCAGUACAGACACCGAAGAGUCAUGGAUAGAGCAGACCACUGCAUCCGACUUGUACUGGCCUGUUCCCUCAAUUAUGUGUCCGUAUUUCCCCCCCACAAACACUACUCACCCGCCGCUGGUGCCGGGGACCGGUUAUGCACAAUAUCCAUCGACUGCUAAUGCUCACCAGCUCCCUGCCGGGACAUAUGAAAUAGAUGGAACGACCUAUUUCCCCAUUGCGAUCGCUCAGCCCUUCUGUUACAACCGAGAGGCGCCACCCCCCGGCUACUACCAACCCGGGACCAACUUUCCAGGUUUCCCAAGUAGGGGCGCCUCCUUCGGCAUAUCGACCUGCCUGAGGAUCAUGAUCCCGUCAACCAGAUUGGAUCAGAUCCUGCACCAACCCAAGAACCACAGGUCGCCAAGGAGUCAACCAUAAAUGAAUCCGAGUUUCCUUAUCGGCCCCCAAAGCAUCAACAAAUUGGUCACGUCCGCCGCAUUAGUGUUAUCGUCAAGAAGGUGAACGGUCCGAGCGGCUGAAAUUCUCCCUGAACACUCACGCCACUAUCUCGAUGACGACUGAAAUGAGUGCUCAGAUGUAUACCCGCAAAUGUACGUAGACUAGUACCUGGUUGAAUGCAAUAUGUUGUACAUAUGUAAAACCCACCGUUAAAUUAGAUACAUCCCCCGCGAAUUUAUCGCAGCCAAGUACUUAUCCUGGAUCCGAGCUCACCGGCCGAAAAUCAAAGCAUCGAC